AUGAUGGUGCGACCUUCGGUAGUGACAUGGAGAAGGAGUGAAAAGCAGGAGUUCUGGAAGAAGAUGAGAGAGAACGACGAGUUGUACAAAGUCGUGCUGUACAAAAUCUGCUUGGUGGUGCGGAAGAUUCAUAAGAGGGGAGUGAUUCACCGCGAUAUCAAGCCAGAAAACGUUCUGAUUUCCCAUCUCCGCCUCGUGCAUAACAAAAUCGAUUACGACGCGCUAACUGUGAAUUUGAUCGAUUUUGGAUCGUCGAUUCUGCCUGAGGUUCCGGCUUUAUAUCCGAUUCCUGCUUCCAUGGAUCAAUGCACGAAGUUGUACGCUCCUCCUGAAGCUUCCACGAAUCAGUUCACGCAGAGUUAUGAUAUUUGGAGUCUUGGUGUCAUGAUGCUUGAAAUGAUCUUUGGACACAAGGAAUUCUUUCAGUGCGAGCCUCGUCAAUACGCAAAGCUGAAGUUGUUUCAUGGAGACAAGGCGGAAAGCAAAUGCUACGCCAUGACGAUGCGAUCGUAUUGCGUGAGUGCCAUGGAUGGAGGUCCAGCGAUGAAAGAUUGCAUUCAGAAUGUAUUGAAGGUGGAAGGAAGCGGGAGGAAAUGA